GGCUCCUUCAGUUCUUGAGAUACUGCUAUUCCCAGAGCCACAUUUUGUUUUUCUCUCUGCUGAUUUGACUGUAUUGUGUUGGCUCUGCAGAAAUGUCGAGUCUCUCUCUUCCCUUUGCGGGUGUUAAUACCCUUUGUUGGUAGGGUUUACUGACGUCACGAGGCAAUGGCUGAGCUGGAAGCUAGUAGCUGCUGAGUUUAUGUGCUGAUUUCACCUUCAGCAGCAGUAGCAGCAGCAGGCUGUUGUCACAGAACUAAGCCUUAUUUUGACUUGCAGAGGACGGGAUUGCUGAAUUGGGCAUUGAUGGAAACACCCCCAAAGCCACUCAGUAUUCAACUGGGCAAAUGAAACAGCUUCAGCAACUGGCGGAAGAAUAAACCCAAGAGGCUUUGGAUUUAUAAUGCAAGCAGCAUUUGCAGGAUCCCCAACCACCUUGCUCUCCUGUUUUGGGAUUUAAGAUCAUGUCUGUUCACAUUGUAGCCUUUGGAAAUGAAAGAGGUGGAUUUUCUGAGGAUGAUCAGCAGAGAAGUCUGAUCUGGACCUAUCUUGGGAGAAGUGCUCUGGUUUCAGAGACUGACAGCAGUUUGUUGUUAAACUCUGCCAACUAUGUUAGAAAUCCUGCUUUCACCGAAUAUCAAGCCUGUGUGUUUGGAAAUGUCAGACUGGUGGUACAUGACUGUCCCCUCUGGGAUAUUUUUGAAAGUGACUGGUACACAUCUCGGAACCUUAUUGGAGAAGCAGAUAUCAUUGUGAUCAAAUACUCUGUAAAUGACAAAUCUUCAUUUCAAGAAGUAAAGGACAUUUAUGCACCACUGAUUAAAAAAACACUAAACCACUGUUCAGUUCCAGUCAUAAUUUCUGCUGUUGGUGCAAGACAAAACGAAGUUCCCUGCACUUGCCCUUUGUGUAUCUCGGACAGAGGGAGCUGUGUUACAGCUUCUGAAGGGAUUCAGCUCGCUAAAGAACUAGGAGCUACUUAUCUGGAAUUGCACAGUCUCAAUGAUUUUUACAUAGGGAAAUAUUUUGGAGGCGUGCUGGAAUACUAUAUGAUACAAAGUUUGAAUCAAAAGUCAUCUGAAAAAAUGAAGAAAAGGAAAAAAAGCCAUAAGUGUAAUGGAGUCAAGCCACCUCAACUUGAUCAGCCAGAAAAAAUGCCAAUCUUAAAAGGUGAAGCCUCACAUUAUGAUUCCGAUUUACAUAACUUGUUGUUCUGCUGCCAGUGUGUCGAUGUGAUAUUUUACUCUGAAGACCUGAAGGAGGUAGCAGAAGCUCACAGGAUUGUUUUAUGCUCCAUUAGCCAUGUCUUCAUGCUACUCUUUAAUGUGAAGAGCCCUGCUGACAUUCAGGAUUCUUCUAUCAUUAGGACUGCUCAGACCCUUUUUACAGCAAACCAAGAAGCUUUGUUUCCCAUUUUGAAUCAUGGCUCAUCAUGCAAUUCACCAGUAAGAGUCAUUGUUAAAGACUCUUUCUUCUGUUCUUGUUUGUCAGACAUUCUGCACUUCAUCUAUUCAGGUGCUUUCCAGUGGGAAUUAUUGGAAGAACAUAUAAAAAAGAAGCUGAAAGAUCCUGAAAAUGUUGAGCUUGUUCUUGAAAGAGUAAAAUGUAUCUUGAAAAUCCCAGGAAAGAUUAACAGCUCACGGAAUUGCAGAUCGUAUUUGUCAAAAAGACCUUUACAGUUAUGUAACAGCUCUCUCAGGCUUUUCUUUAACACAACAGUGUUAGCUGAUGUCAUGUUCAAAAUACAAGGUGCUACAGUGCCAGCUCACAGAGCAGUCCUGGUGGCUCGUUGUGAGGUAAUGGCAGCUAUGUUUAAUGGUAACUACAUAGAAUCAAAUAGUUUUCUGGUUCCAGUUUAUGGGAUUUCCAAAGAUACUUUCCUGUCCUUUCUAGAGUAUUUAUAUACUGAUUCCUGUUGUCCAGGCAGCAUUCUACAAGCUAUGUCACUUUUGAUUUGUGCUGAGAUGUACCAGGUGUCAAGGCUCCAGCACAUCUGUGAGCUUUAUAUUAUCACACAGCUACAGAGCAUGCCCAGUAGGGAGUUAGCAUCAACAAGCCUGAGUGUUGUCAGCCUGCUUCGAAAAGCAAAGUUUCAUAAUUCUGAUUGCCUUUCAAAUUGGCUGCUCCAUUUUAUUGCUUCUAAUUACCUAAUCUUCAGUCAAAAACCUGAGUUUGAAGACCUUUCAGUGGAAGAACGCAAUUUUGUUGAGAUGCAUAGAUGGCCAUCUAGUAUGUACCUGAAACAGCUUGCAGAAUACAGGAACUAUAUUCAUUCUCGGAAAUGCCACUGUCUAGUAAUGUAAACUGAAAACUGAUCCUUCUAUAUUUACAAAGAAGAGAGUCACAGAACAGUAAUCAUGUCAGGAAUCUUACAGCUUCACAAGACUGAGAACAAAUACUUAUCUGAAAUUCAGUGAAACAAUAUUUAUAAUAUUGCACUUGGUAAUGCAUAACUACUGUGUUUUUCAACAGCAUGCGAAAACAGUUCAUAGGACAGCAUAAGCAUUUAACUCGGAAGUGGUCCCGUCAUGCAACUGAGUCUGAUUUUAUUGUUUUAUGAGAGAGAUACUUUGACUCAUGCUGUGCUAUUUCAGGUAUUUUUUAGAUGAAUAUGGGCUGUGGCCUUCAAGGUACUGGACUGUAAUAGUCCUAGCCAGUGAUGAGGCCACCUCUGAUUUAGAGUCUGGAAAUCUGGUCACUCUAUGAUUAGUAUUUUUAGGGGCCUGAAGGAAAGACUUUCCAAAUUUAUGAACCUACUUUUUUGAGGUGGAUUUCUAUAAUUGUCUUUGAGCGCUUAAGAAUUCUGUAAAAAUGUUACUGGUAUGUUUCUGUAUGAGGAAUUCAAAAGCUAGCUGCAUCAAACCUGUAUAGUAGUAUAACACUCUAAAUGACUCCAGUUUACCUUCAGUGAGAGUUCAAAUCACUGAAAUAGCACCAAUCAGGUUUUGCCGAUGUGUGUUCUAGAAAGUAAGAGAUGACUGAGGAAUAGGCUGUUCUGCAUUUUUCUAUUUCCACUGUAAUGUUUUCUGUGAAAGUGUUCUCUAAAUUACAGUAUUUAUGUGGUGGGCCAAAAAUUGAACUUGGUUAGAUGUGUGUACAGUACUCAGUUCCUUCCAAGUGAAUAACAAGUCUUAAUAUUUACCACAUAAAUUCCUUUAAGAAAAAUGUUCCAAAAGGAUAUCUGUGAAGACAGGCUUCUCUGUGGGAGAAAACCAUACAGUUGUGGGUUAUGCCCUUGUGAUUAUUGGUUACGUUCUUUGAAGAAAAGGUAACAGUUAGCAAUAACAUUUACUGUAAAAGCACAAUUUACUAAGAGCAUGGUUUAAUAUUAUUUUCUUAUUUAUUUCAUUUUUGUGCUGCAUUCUUCCAGAAAGGGACCUAAUGCAGCUCACAGAUAAAAAAUUAAUUUAAAUUAUUUAAAGUUUAAAUUAAGGGUUUAAAGUGUUAAAGACUUAAAUUUCUUCCUUCUAAAUUGGGAUAAUUUCAGAAUUUCUCAGGCUAUAAAAGAGAAGCUAUAGCAAAAACUGAAGCAGUCUGUGAAAUGAGAAACUUGUUCUGGGCUACUAGCAGGGGAAAAGAACUGAAGGAAGAGCCAGAGCAUCAUUAGUAUAAAGACUUAUUGUGGGUCUUGUGACCACUGCCUUGUCUGGGAAACAGGAGGGCAUAACUCCGCAGACAGGAAUAAAUUGUCAUGAUAAGUGAUCCAAUGCUUCAUUCUUUACAAAAGUAUCUUACAUCUUGAGCUUUGCCAAGAACAUGAGCCUAUUCUUGCAAGUAUUCUCACUAGAAACAUGCAAGCAGCCUGUGUGCCAGCAAAGCUACUAGAACAAGGUGGCAACAAGACUGUAAGACUUCUCUGCUCUGGCCACUGUAAAUCCAGACCUUGAAGAGUCAAUGCAGCCUAAAAACACUGUUGCACUUUGUGCUUUCUGUUAUCUCAUUCUCCCAUUCAUCAAAAAAACCCAGGUGUAGGAUUUGAAACACCACAAUUGUUCCUAGAGUUACUGCACUCUGCCAGGACAUCCUGCCCUCUGUCAGCUCAUUUCAGGUCACAUUGAACCAAUCAGAAUGCACUGAGACUGUGUGAUUAGGCUGGCUAGGACUCAAAGGGAUUAGAUGCCCUCUUAGGAAACAGGAGCUGUCUCGCACUGCUGUGGGACUACAGUCUGUUUUGUGUGUGCACAUCAGGCCUUGUGCAUGUACCAUUGGCUUGCUUCAUCUAAUACAGAAGAUCUUUCUGAACAGGCAAAGACCUCCAUGCUGUAUGUUCCUUGGGCACAAACAUGAUGUUGGAUCACUCUUGCGUCAGGUGAGGUGAUCUUCAAACCAGGAACUUGUUGGAACACCUCACACACUUUUAGACAAUAUACUACUAAGCAUGGCUCCUAUUUAACCCACAUACAGUUGAAAUACUCUUGUA